GCUGGAGCGGAAGUGCGCGCGCUCCCGUCCGGCUCGCUUCCGGUCUUUGUGGGGCGCUGUGGGCUCUUCGGGCUCCCGUCGGUUUGGACCGUUUGACCCGUGGUCUCCCCGGGAGGGACCCGGCUGCCGGCCUCGGGAGCUGCAGGUCCACCCUUGCUGGAAGCACCGCUAGAGCUUCUGCACGGCCGCGAUGGCGUCGGCCUGGGCUGCGCCGGCCCACGAGGAACAGGGUGCGCUUCUGGAAGUAAAGGUGGAGGAGGAGGAGGGGUACAGGAAUACCACCAGACGGGAUCAGAACCUGCAGAAGAACAACACCCACAGCAGGGAGGUCUUCCGACAGUACUUCAGACACUUCUGUUACCAGGAGACGCCUGGACCCCGCGAGGCGCUGCGACGGCUCCGCGAGCUGUGCCGCCAGUGGCUGAGCCCAGAAACACACACCAAGGAGCAGAUCCUGGAGCUGCUGGUGCUGGAGCAGUUCCUGACCAUCCUGCCCGAGGAGCUCCAGGCCUGGGUGCGGGGACAGCACCCGGAGAGCGGGGACGAGGUGGUGACCGUGCUGGAGGAUCUGGAACGGGAGCUGGACGAGCCUGGAGAGCAGGAUGAAUGUGUCCACCGUGUCCCUGUCCACAGUGAGCAACAGGACACGCUCUUGCAGGAGACGGCCCUUGUGGGAACAGGAUGGGAGCCCGGCAUGUCCCUCCCAUCCGGGGUUGCCCGGCUGAAGUAUGAAUCUCCAGGACCUGGAGCCCAGCCGGAGGAGCAAGUUUCAGGUGUUGAGACUGGAAAUAAGUACAGGAACUUAACUCUGAAGCAAGAAGUGUCUGAAGAAGCAGCACCGCAGGGGAAUAUGUGUAGCGGAUUUGAAAGUGACAUGUCCCAGUCGGCUAGGUGCAGAGAAGCGGACGGAUCCGAAGCAGAAACAGAAGAGUCUUCUGGACACUCCAGGGAAGGUGAACAGUCUGCGGGUGAUGAGAACAGACUCCGUCUGACUGAACAGCAGAGGGUCUGUCCAGGAGAAAAACCUCAUGAGUGCGAGGAGUGUGGAAAAGCCUUCAGUCAGCACUCGAACCUCUUAGAACAUCAGAGGGUCCACACUGGAGACAGGCCCUACAAAUGUGAGGAAUGUGGGAAAACUUUCCGUGGGAGAACCGUGCUGAUUCGGCACAAAAUAAUACACACCGGAGAGAAACCGUAUAAAUGUAAUGAGUGUGGCAAAGCCUUUGGCCGCUGGUCAGCUCUUAACCAACAUCAGAGGCUCCACACAGGAGAGAAACACUACCACUGUAACGAAUGCGGCAAAGCCUUUAGCCAGAAAGCGGGCCUCUUUCACCAUCUCAAGAUCCACACGAGAGACAAACCAUACCAUUGUGCUCAGUGCAAUAAAAGUUUUAGUCGGCGUUCAAUACUCACUCAACACCAAGGAGUUCACACUGGGGCAAAGCCCUAUGAGUGCAGCGAGUGCGGGAAAGCCUUCGUUUAUAACUCCUCCCUGGUUUCCCACCAGGAGAUCCACCACAAAGAAAAGUGCCAUCAGUGUAAGGAGUGUGGGAAAUCCUUCAGUCAGAGUGGCCUUGUUCAGCAUCAGAGAAUCCACACUGGAGAGAAACCUUACAAGUGUGACGUAUGUGCAAAAGCAUUUAUUCAGAGGACAAGCCUCGUAGAACAUCAGCGAGUUCACACUGGAGAGAGACCUUACAAGUGUGAUAAGUGUGAGAAGGCCUUCACUCAGAGAUCGGUUCUCACGGAACACCAGAGAACCCACACCGGAGAGAGGCCGUACAAGUGUGACGACUGUGGGAACGCCUUCCGAGGCAUCACCAGCCUCAUUCAGCAUCACAGGAUCCACACUGGGGAGAAACCCUACCGAUGUGACCAGUGCGGCAAAGCCUUCAGACAGAGGAAGAAGACCGACUACAAGGAAAUACUUCUGAAAAACCAGCGUGAACCUCAAGCUGGAGUGAAUCUUCUCCUGAGUGCUCUCAUUCCAGAAUGGCGUUCCUCCUGUGGGAAGGUCCCUAACGUGACUGAUGGCCGAGGGAGAGGGCUGGCUGUGCCUGGGACCACGCUGACAAAGAAGUCACGGAUAUUCCUUCAGACCUUUAAGUUGCUACUACCCAAGAUAGCUGCCUGCCCCCCACCCCGGGGCUGCCAGACGACUCAGAGAACUUUACUUGCAGGUGCUGAGAUCAGAAACAGACCAAGGAGCAGAGCGGCCCGGAAGCGCAUCCGGCCGACGCAAAGCGCGGCGGCUCCCGCGGUGGCCGGAUGUGCGCUACGGGAGCUCUUCUCGGUUGCCGUCUUCUGCAGUCCCACGGCCCAUUUCCUGAGGACACCCCAGCUCUCGUCCUGUGUCGGAACUAGCAACAGAGAGGGGACCAACGCUCCCCCGAGAGGAAUCGAGCUGCGCCCAGCCAGAGGAGGAAGCCAGGGCCACGUCUUCCGUUUUCAGCAAGCCCUGAAACGGCACACGGGCCUCCUAGUUCCUCUUACCCAGAGUCCCUCCCGGAGCCGGGUGCUGCGCAGAGGGGCUCAGGCGCUGUCUCUGCAGGUGCUCCAGGAGCACCACCACCUCGUCCCCGCUCUCCGGGUGCUGUCCCCGCACCCAGGCCUGGAGCUCCGCGGGCAGGAUGGUCAGGAACUGCUCCAGCACCAGCAGCUCCAGGAUCUGCUCCUUGGUGUGUAUAUCCGGGCUCAGCCACUGGCGGCACAGCUCGCGGAGCCGGCGCAGCGCCUCGCGGGGCCCCUCGGCCUCAGGCCGCCGCCGGCCGCCACUCGGUGGUCCCAGCCACCAGAGCUCCCCGCGCCUGACGUCCGCGUGCGCUGCGUGGUCCCCGCCACCUGCGACCCUGGCGCGUGGCUGUCAGCGUGCACUCGGUGGUCCUGGCCGCCUGUGCUCCUGGAAACGACGGUCAAGAGUCAAUCAAUCACCCCCACAACCACCAUCUCCUGUGGUGCGGCCAACACCGAGAGAGCCACGGGUGGCGAGCGCUGGAACUGGCGGAACUGCUGCGUACCCGAGGCCGCCCAAACGGGAGGGCUGGCGGGGCUCGCGGGAGCCGGAGCUGGGCGGCGGGGUGGCCACCGAGACGCAGCGACCUGCGGGGUCCUAGAGAGGACAGGAAAGCUCCUGGAAGACAGCGGGGCUCAGGCGGCUGACGAACUUCCGGCCUUCACGGCCGCUUGGUUGCCAGGGCGCCGCUACCCGCCGCGGCCCUGGAGCUUCCCUGGACCCGAGUGGCCAGGUCCAGUCACGUGGUUGAGCACAGACUCCCAGUGGGAAGGCACUGGAAAGAGUGAGGAGGCCGGGCGGUUAUGUGCCACGUGCUUUUCUCCAGAUUCUGGACACAGGUGUGUGCUCUUCAAGAAGAGCAGGCCAGGGAGCCUUGAAUCCGCUUCCCUUGCCCGGGCUGGGGCGAGCCUUCUGAGCGGGAUGGCUUCGGCGGAGGAGCAGCCCGGACUUAGAGCCGUGAAGGUGGAGGAGGACCGUGUCUGGGACCAGGAGACCUUCCUUCGAGAGAGCGGCAUUUCUACUCAGGAGGCCUCCCGCCAACUUUUCAGGCACUUUUGUUACCAAGAGUCCCCCGGGCCCCGCGAGGCGCUCCGCCGGCUCCGCGAGCUGUGCCGCCAGUGGCUGCGGCCCGAGACGCACAGCAAGGAGCAGAUCCUGGAGCUGCUGGUGCUGGAGCAGUUCCUGACCGUCCUGCCCGCCGAGCUCCAGGCCUGGGUGCGGGGACAGCACCCGGAGAGCGCGGACGAGGUGGUGACGGCGCUGGAGGGUCUGGAGAGGGAGUUCAGUGAGCCUGAGAAUCAGGCCCCAGACGAUGCCCCUGGCCAUUCAGAAGUGCUGUCAGAGGAUGGGGUGCAUGUGAAGGCCAAGCAGGAAUCAAGAGCCAUCCAGCUUCAGGCCACGGUGACACAGCUCCAAUGUGAAUCUCUUGGUCCCCAAAAAUUUGGGGAACAAGGUGCCGACGUUGUACCAGAAAGCCAGGAGUCGGCCGCGCGGCAAGAAGUUUUGAAGGACAUGGAACGUUUUGGAAAUAGCCGACUCCAAAGAGACGCUCCCCUGGACUCUCAGUGCCGGGAAGCUUGGAAGCGGGAGAGCAGGGCGGGAAAGCCGAGGGGACGCGCCGCCGGAGAGCGACCGCACAGGUGCAGCGAGUGCGGGAAAGGCUUCGCUCAGAGCUCGGUCCUCACUCAGCACCAGAGAACCCACACCGGGGAGAAGCCCUACGAGUGCGACGAGUGCGGGAGAGCCUUCAGCCAGCGCUCCGGCCUGGUGGAGCAUCAGCGGAGCCACACCGGGGAGAAGCCCUACGGGUGCGACGAGUGCGGGAGGGCCUUCAGCGCCAGCAACGGCCUCAUCAGACACAGGAGGAUCCACACGGGGGAGAAGCCCUACGUGUGCGGCGAGUGCGGGAGAGCCUUCCGCCUGAGCUCGUACCUCGUUCAGCACCAGAGGAUCCACACCGGGGAGAAGCACUUCCGCUGUGGCGAGUGCGGGAAGGCCUUCAGCCAGAACGCGGGGCUCUUCCAGCAUCUCCGCGUCCACACGGGGGAGAAGCCCUUCCAGUGCGGCCAGUGCGGCAGGCGCUUUAGCCGGCGGACCCUGCUCGGCAAGCACCAGAGGAGCCACACUGGGGAGAGACCGUAUACGUGUGACGAGUGCGGGAAGGCCUUCGGCCACCACUGCAACCUCAUCAGGCAUUUUAGAACCCAUACCAUUGCCAAACCGGACUCAUUCCCCGGACCCCCAGACUCCUAGAUGGGGCCGUCUUGGAGAGUCGGCUUUGCACGUGGCUCAUUUGGUUUUGGCCAAGUUUACGGUGCUCCGGAACGAGUAGCUCGUCUGCAGACUAGGUGCCGGGGUCUCCUGGUGAACGGCCGUGGUUGUGGGCGGUUCCGGGCACCCCCCUUCUUCCCUAUCCUUUGGUUCGGUUCUAAUGAUUUCCCUCAAAGGAGACCGAAAUCACCUGGAAAUAACUUGCUGCGGAGGGGCUGUUCAUGGGUGAUACUGAACACUGAACAACUCUGAAAAACUGGUUUCUGUGUAUGUGUAUACGUUUUAAAGAUUGGGUAAAUCCAGGAGCGCCGGGGGCCUCAGUAUACUCUUUAAAGAUUAGGUGAAUCCAGGGGUGCCUGGGUGGCUCAGUCGGUUAAGCAUCCGACUUCGGCUCAGGUCAUGAUCUCAUGGUCUGUGAGAUCAAGCCCCGUGUCGGGUUCUGCGCUGUCAGCUCAGAGCCUGGAGCCUGCUUCGGAUCCUGUGUCUCCCUCUCUCUCGGUUCCUCCCCCACUCAUGUUCUGUCUCUCUCUGUCUCUCAAAAAAUGAAUAAACAUUAAAAAAAAUUUAAAGAUUGGGUAAAUUCAAAGAAUAUUAAGACGAGGUGCUUCCCACCCACCCCACCCCACCCCACCCCACCCCCCGUAAAAGUUACAUUUUAUACACACCUAAGGGUUGGGAAUGAGAAUCAGUGCCAUGGUCUCCCCGAGGAAUGUGGUGGACGACCAUCAGAGGGGGUGGUGUACUCUCUAAGCAGCGUUGUCCGUGGCGUGAAACGUGUGGUCCUGACAGCUUAGAGCGCUGUGUGCCGGGAUGUAUCUAAGUGCAGGUUGUUACCAUAUUUCAGGUUUCCAGUUUUGUUGUAAAUAAUGAGGGGACACUUGAACGCUUGCUCGGUGCACUCUUUCACUUGCAGCCUCUCGGUCAGCAUUCUUCCCCUGCUUCUGCCUUUUGGAGGUCGGUCGGCGACGUUGAGUGAGUGCCCUUGCAAGAAUCAUGGAGGGGGCUCUGUGGAGGAGGGGGGCCGCUGACCUGGGGCGGCCUGCUGCUUAACUGGAGAGACCAGCACGCACAGACCGUCUGCUGUCAGAGUUCAGCACGGGCUCUGGCACCAGACAGCGUGGGUUCCAGUCCUGCCCUCUGUUUGUGAGCCGUGCGACCUUGGGUAACUCACUCUAGACCCUGCGCUACAGUCUCCCCACCUAUAACAGGGUGCUAACGGCGCCCUUCGCACGGGGCACAUGAGACUAAGUUAACACGGGCGCCUGAGUGGCUCUGUCGGUUAAGCGUCCGACUUUGGCUCAGGUCAUGAUCUCACGGUUCGUGAGUUCAAGCCCCGUGUCGGGCUCUGGGCUGACAGCUCAGAGCCUGGAGCCUGCUUCUGAUUCUGUGUCUCCCUCUGUCUGCCCCUCUGCUGCUUGCACUCUGUCUCUCACAUUGUCUCAAAAGUAAAUAAACAAAAAAAAAAAAACUAAGUUAACACAAACUUUGAAACACUUAAGCCAGCUCUCAAAAACUGUGCACUGUGAUUUAGAAAAGAAACGAUACCAUCUAAUGAAUAUAGGUGGCAUUGUGAGCAUGCUGGGACUCCCUAGGAUAUUAAAUGCCCCUGCGGACAUUCUCAUUAUACUUGUCUCCACAGUCAAAAUCUGAGGCAGAAUUUCUAAAAUGAGGAAGUAAAAGUUCAGCUUUAAAGUAUGCUGUGCUAAACCUUUGUUUUUGAAGUUUAUUAUUAAAAAAUUAGAAUGUG